UGUUUGGAAGUUAAGCGACACCCAAAACUGUCACUGCUGCUGAAGUUCAGUUCAGUCCGACCAGGAAGUCUUUAAACGGCGCAGUGUUUUCCCAUGACCAUGUUAUUUUUGCAGGCUGCACACACAUGCGAUCGCACUACGUGACUUGUUUCAAAAUGAGUAAAAGGAAAGGCAAGGUGAUCAGUGAUGCGACAGCUGUCAAGAGCCGCAGACUGACAGCUGUGGGUAUCGAAGAUUCAUCAGAUAUUUUAAAACAUCAGAGACCGUCUUCCAGCAGCUUCUCUCACUCUGCCACAGGAGAUAUUGGCCUCAUCGAAAGUGUCACUCUAAAGAAUUUCAUGUGUCACCAUUUGCUCGGUCCGUUCCAGUUUGGGCCCAAUGUGAAUUUCAUCGUCGGCAACAAUGGAAGCGGAAAAAGUGCCAUCCUGACUGCUUUGAUUGUAGGCCUCGGUGGAAAGGCCACUGUCACCAACAGAGGAGUGUCACUGAAGGAUUUUGUGAAGAGUGGUGAAAGUACUGCAGAUAUAACCAUAAAGCUGAAAAACAGAGGACCAGAUGCUUAUAAAAGGGAUGUCUACGGCGACUGUAUCUCCAUUGAGCACAGGAUAUCUUGCGAUGGAUGUCGGACCUGCAGACUGAAGAGCAAGUCAGGUCAACUUAUCUCAACCAAAAAGGAGGAAUUGACGGCCAUUUUGGACCACUUCAACAUCCAGCUGGAUAACCCAGUGUCCAUUCUCAACCAAGAAAUGAGUAAACAGUUCCUGCAUUCAAAAAAUGAAUCGGACAAGUAUAAGUUCUUCAUGAAGGCAACUCUGUUGGAACAGAUGAAGAGGGAUUACAUUCACAUCAAGCACACUAAAACAGUCACGCGACAGCAGGUUGAGAGACAAGAGGAGUGUAUCAAGGACCUGAAGCAAGAGUUUCUACAGAAGAAAGAGAGGUACGAACAGUUGUCGUCCUUCAGUGACAUGAAGGUGGAUUUGGAGAAUCUGAAGAAAACAAUGGCAUGGUGUUUGGUCAGAGAGAAGGAGCAGUUCAUACAGCAGUUGAAGGAAGACAUUGAAAAGGAAGAGAAUAAUUACAAACAUCAGGACAACCUUCAGCUCUGUCAGACUAAGCUCAUACAAGUAGAAAAGAAGCUUCAGUGCAUCAAAAGCAGAAUUGAUUGUCUGAGAGAGGAACAUGAGUCUCUCUCAAAGGACAGUCUCAUGUUGAAAGAGCAAGUGAAGGUCAAUAGCAAAGCUCACAAGGAACAGGAGGUUGUUUAUUUUAGGGCACUGAAUAAGCUCAAACAGUCAGAGCAGGAGCAAGACCUUCUUCAGGAGAAAAUUAACAAGGCAAAAACAAGUGUAAUGUUAAACAAUGACGGAGAGACAGAAUAUACAAAACAGCAGAAGAAAAUAUCCAGUCUGAAAGAGCAGCUUGCAGAGCUUGAGAAAACGUCCUCACAGCUGAAUCAAGAGAUCAAGAACAAACAUCAGGCACUUUUCAAAGGAAAGGAAGAACAGGACAAGCUGAGAUUGGAGGAAAGAAAUAUCCAGGUUUUGUACGCAUCCAAGCUGAAGAGGAAGAAUCAGCUUCUUGCCAGUCGAACGAACAAACUGAAGCGGUUUGGAGACCAUGUUCCUGACCUGCUGAAUUCGAUUACUGAAGCGUAUGCCACAGGACGCUUUCUCAAGAGACCUAUUGGUCCAAUAGGUGUGUGUAUCAGUUUGAAAGAUCCCACUUUGGCUGUAGCCGUGGAGUGCUGUCUGCGGAGCUUCAUGAAGGCUUUCUGCUGUGACAACUAUAAGGAUGAGGCUGUCCUUCAGGAGCUGAUGUCUCACUACUAUCCAAAGGGCAACAGGCCGCAGAUCAUUGUCAGCCCUUACUCUGAAAAAGUUUACAACAUUCAUGGACGGAAAGCAUAUCAUCCAGAAUACCCAUCUGUGUUGGACAUAAUCACAGCAUCAAGCCCAGUCAUCAUCAACUGCCUGAUUGAUAUGAGGGGGAUAGAAUCAAUACUGAUCAUAAAAGAAAAAGACAAAGCAAGGAGGGUCAUGCAGCAUGGCCGGCCACCUAAGAACUGCCGUGAAGCCUUCACUCUUGAAGGAGAUCAAGUGUAUCCAAACCGCUAUUACACCUCUGACUUCAGCAUGGCCAAAUAUCUCGGUGGGGAUCUCGAGACUGAAAUAAGUCUGUUGGAGUCAGACCUGGAGAAUCACCAGGCUCAGCUGUCCAGGUUUCAGCUCCAUGUGACCUCUGUGACUGAGGACAUCGUGAGCAUGGAGAAGAAGCUGAACAGUACCAUCAUGACCCUAAAGAAGACUCUGGCAUCUGUGAAUCAAGUCAAGGCAACAAUAACUGAGCUGGAGACUGCUGGUGAAGAGCAAAUUGAUGACAUCAGCUCCUUGGAAGAAGUCGCCCAAGAGAACCAACAGAAAAUCGAGGGAGAAAAGCAAACUGUUCAUAAAGAAAAGAUAGAGCUCGACAAGCACCGGAAAAUAGCAGAGGAUAUAGAGUCUGAGUACUCUUCUGUUAAAGAACGGAUUGAUCAGCUUCCUGAGGACAUGGAGCCAUUAAAGGAUGAGCAACUGAAGCUGGAGGUUGAGUCCAUGAGACAUGAACGAAACCUUAAGGUUUUAGAAAACAAACUGAAAGCUCAUGAAGACAACAUCCAAGCAAUGAAAAGUGACCUUGACCAAAGAGAAGACGAGUUACAGGAAUAUGUGGCCAAAGCCACAGAGAUCAGUCCUGAGCGGCAGCAGGUGACUGGCAGCACCAAGAGCAUUGACGCAGAAAUCACUCGGUUGAAGAAGAAAAUCAAGGUGUUCGAGACCAGCCACGGCGAGCAGGAGCAGGUGGUCAGGGAGUACGCUGAGGCCCUCGCUCUCUACAGACACAAAACCAACCAAGUGAGAGAUCUGCGUAGGUUCAUCGAUCGACUCGAUAACAUCAUGUCAGACAGGCAGAACAGAUACAAAGUAAUGCGUAGGUCCCUCUCUGUCAGAUGCAAAUUAUACUUCAAUAACUUUCUGAUCAAGUUGAACUGCUGUGGCUCGAUGAUUUUUGAUCACAACAACGAGACACUCUCAAUCUCGGUAAAGCCUCCGGGCAGGGAGGAUGAUGGUGUGAGUGACAUGAGGUCGCUGUCUGGUGGCGAACGUUCCUUCUCCACUGUUUGCUUCAUGCUCUCCCUGUGGGAGAUCACCGAAUCACCAUUCAGAUGCCUCGAUGAGUUUGACGUCUACAUGGAUAUGCACAAUCGUAGAAUCUCUCUGGAUCUCCUGCUGGAGCUGUCAGAGCGGCAGCACCUCCGACAGUUUGUCUUCAUUACUCCCCUCACCACCAGCAAUCUACCCAAAACCAGCCUCAUCAAAAUCCACCAGCUUCAGGAUCCGGAACGAGUCCGGAGUGAAACGGGGGAUGAAGACGUUUGAAAUGAGCUCCAGUGACAACAAAAGGAAUGUUUAUGUGCAUAGUCAGUGUAUAUUUCUGUUUUACUGUAUGUGUGUGUUGCCAGGAGGCGUGUUAUUGUUGUUUUUCACUCUAAAGCCUGUUUCUGGACUUGUCAGUAAGACCGGGGACUUUUAAGGAUGUUGAUUGGUUUGUCAGAUGAAGAUUUUUUCGAUCUGUUUAAGUGUAAAGGGCAGUACUGCAUCAAGGGGCUGUUAGCUAGUCUCCUUUUCUUCAUAUUAGUAUUCUGAGUAUUUAUCAUCCAUUGUACACAUUUUAGACAUCUCAGUAACUAAGAUUAUCUCCAGUUCUGGUCAAACAAAUAUAAUCAUUUAACAGAUUGAGUUCCCAGCUUAAUAAACGAGUGCUUGUGAAGAAUGCAGAUCUUCAAAACAAAAAAAUUGUACAUUGAAAGUUUUUGUUACAGUUUUACAGUGCUAUUUUUAUGUAGUUUACCUCAGGAGUCUGGUACCAGAGAAGACUCUACUGGACCCAGGACUCUACUUUACCUGUCAGUGUUAAUAUUUUUACAGUUGAAAAUAUUUGGACUCUGUAAAUACAUAUGCACAUUAUUGUUUGGUUGAAAAUGCUCAUCUAGCAGUAGUUAACUGCAGUGUAGAAUCAUAAACGUUGUGACAAUAAACUACGAGAAGAAAUUGUGGAUAUU